AUGACGAGCCCCGUCCAAUGGAGGAUGCAUUAUCGAGCUCUGCUUCGAGAGGCCAGCUAUCUCCCCGAUCCCGUCGCCAACAGAUACAUGACCGAGUAUGUCAUAUCGAGAUUCCGAAAAUUCACCUCCCCAAUGGAGCAAAAGACAAUGGAUGCUGCCAAAAUUGCACGGCUUCAGACCCGUAUCAGGAAGCACCUCAAGCUCUUCCAGCUCGCAAACCAGGGAUAUCCAAAGUCGCUUGAGCGUGUCCUACUCAUGUCUUACGGCCGAAUUGGACGACGGAAACGAAUUUUACUACAGCAACUCCUACACUCUGAUGGCAAUGGGCCUGGCUCGAAGGGUAUGCUGUUUUCAGACCAAUGGAAACCGUCAGAGCUACUCCUUGCGCUGCUACAGAGCCAAAGCGAGAACCAUCACAUCGGUGCCCAAAAAGUUAAAAGGCCGGUGAGGACAGGCGACUUGGAGCCUCGCAUACCAGAGGUUAACGCCCUUUCGAAGCCACUAGCAGAUAUAAGGAAAAUACAUAUACGGCAGAAAUGGUACGCCCUUGUGCUCGACAAAGCCUUCCCUCCCCUCCCCCGGAACGACUGGGAAACUCUGCAGCGCCUUGUAGCUGGAAGUGAGCCGUGGACCCCUCCAAUGAGAAGGAAAGGCCCCCGACAAACCUCCCCUCCAGACUCCGUGAGUCAGCCUCAGGAAGGCUACCUCAGUACCGAAUUUCUCAUCGCGGGCGCUAAAAAGGACCCUACCUUUGCGCAAUACGUCCGAGGUCGGCCACAUCAUAUCACUAGACGCCUUAUGCGCCAUAUGUGGGAGCGUGUCUGCGCCCUGACACCGCUUAUCCAAUGGGACUCCAGCAAACAUAAAUGGCUGUUUUCAUGGGGUACACAACGGGUUACUGCACCGAUUUAUCGCCAGGUAGAUCCUGUGAAGGGGAUGGCUUUGUUUGAGGGGGUUCACCAGAAGACUGGGAGAGCCACUAUGCCACGAAGACAAUACACGAAGCAGGGAGAAGGAGAUGCGAAGUCAAAAGAAGAUAGCGGUAAACAUGUUGAAGAACCCCCUUCAGCAAGAACAACUGAGAAUUAUGCUCUCGCACAGGCCGUUAAUUCUUAA